AUGGCCAAGUUUUCUUUUGACAUAACACCACAUGGAGAAAUACUGCGAGUGUACCAUCCAGCUAAUGAACAAACUGAUGUACUAACUGCAAAGAAGGGUUUUGUUUCACUUUUAGCAGCUAAACUUCAUUAUGACAAAGAGAAUGAACAAUCUAGAACUGAAUGGAGUUAUCAAACAGAAGAGUUUGGAAAUGAAGGGCAUCAUAAUGCUACAUAUUCAGUUGUCAGAACAUCUACUGGUAUUGAAUUUAAGAAGACGAGACAAAGUACUCCAAUACCAAAUGCCAAAGGACGUCACAUGAAGACUUUGCAUUUUGAUCAUGACCUAGGAACCAUUCACAGAGUACUUGUUGAAGAGGAUUUUUUAUCCCCUCAAAUUUCACCAGAUUUUGAUCCAUACCACAACAUGAGGAAUUUUAAGGCUGUUAAUGACUUCAAUUCUAUUGAUUAUCCGACAAUGAAUGCUACAAAUCAUGGUGAAUUAAAUUUUCUAACAAGACAGACUGUGAAAGAAGUUAAAUUCAGACCAGUAGAUAAAGUGGUGAAUGCCAGUCUACAUGUAACUACUUAUGACAAGGCAGCUCAUUCUGAUAAGACUAUUCAAGAGUUAAAAGAAAUCAUCAAAGACAGUGUGGAUUGUAUUAGAGAUGAACCUGAACAAGGAUCAAGAAAAGUUUUAACAUGUUUUCAUGAAUUGGUGGAAGCUACAGGAAGUCUUACUGAUGAAGAACUCGAUAACAUAGCUAAGGGAUACUUUAUUAUUCUUAAACCUGUCUCCAAGAAAGCCAAGGAAAGUAUAGAGAUAAUGAUAGAUGCCUUUGCAGUUCUGUCCAACAACCAUGUGCAGGGACUGCUGACAAACAUGAUCAUCAGAAAUCAGAAACCGCAGGAGAACUUCAUAAUGAGGCUUGUGUCACAUGUGUCAGGAUAUGACAAUUCUCCUGAUGAGAGUAUAAUAAAUGGUAUGGUUGACCUGUGUUUCCACAAAGAGAAGUUCCCUAAGUAUCUGUACACUGGAGAUCUAUAUAACAGAGUACUUUUAGCACUUGGUUCCGUUGUACACAAGCUGGCCAAAGGUGGACAGAUAGAAAGGGCAACAGAUAUUAUAGACAAAGUUCAUAGUAUGAUAGGACUGCAUGAUCCAUGGACUUACAAAUCUAAACGUUCCAUUCAAACUGAUAUAGAGAAAGAGCAGUAUGACCACACACAUGUUGUUCUCCUAGAGACGUUAGGAAAUGCUCGAAUGGAUGCUUCAUACGAUAUAAUCUUUUCACAUAUUAAUUCUACUAAUUCACCAUGGAUUAAAAGAGCUGGUGUGCAUGCUCUUAGAAAAUACCAGCAUCAAAUGGCUGCUGAUGCCAUGUUACAGUCAGCUUUAUAUGACGAAGAUGAAAAUGUUAGAUAUGAAGCUCUAUUGAUGUACCAGGCUCAUCCAAAGUCAAGAGUUGUUACACCUCUCAAUAAAAGAUCUGCAGAUAACAGUAUAGCUAUAACAGAUCCCUAUGCCUCAGAUAUUGAUGUACAAGCCCAUCACAGAAGUCGUAGGGGAUUCUGGGAAGGUCUGAAGUUUAAAUUAGCUGCUCCAGCUGUUAAUUGGCAGAAGAGAAUUGGGACUGCAGCACUUGGAGCUUCCUUUGGAGUUAUAAUGGAGAAUUAUUUGGAUUUGUUAAUUUCCUCACUAAGAGGUCACUUUAAAGUGAGUGUCCAUGAUGAGGUGUAUGCCAUGGUUCAUGUUGGAUUAGUUGGUAUAAACCUACUCUAUUUUCUAUUUUACCAGCUCCACUAA